GUUAUAAGGAGGAGGCCGGCGGACACUUACUCGAUGCAAGCGUACCUCUGAGAACCUGAGUUUCGAUGGCCAUCUCUCCGAGGAAGUUAGUAUCCAGCGUAAUCUUCGAUUUGAACGGCACACUUCUUAACACAGAAGGUGCUGUUAGUGAUGUGUUGAAGGUUUUCUUGGGUAAGUAUGGGAAAGAAUGGGACAGAAGAGAAGCUCAAAAAAUUGUAGGGAAGACACCUUUGGAAGCGGCAGCUGUUAUUGUUGAAGAUUACGUGCUUCCUUGUGGAAAGGACGAGUUUUUGUCUGAAUUCAGCCCAGCAUUCUCUGCUCGGAUUGGCAACAUUAAACCGCUUCCAGGUGCCAAUCGAUUGCUUAAACAUUUGAGUGGUCAUGGUGUGCCCAUGGCUUUGGCAUCAAACACCUCUAAGGCAAGCAUAGAGAGCAAACUUUCAUAUCACAAAGGUUGGAAGGAAUAUUUCUCUGUCAUCAUUGGUGGUGAUGAAGUGACCACAGGGAAGCCAUCUCCUGAAAUAUUUCUGCAAGCAGCUAAAAUGCUGAAUAUGGAACCUUCCAGUUGCCUGGUCAUUGAAGAUUCUGUGACUGGUGUUAAGGCUGGUAAGGCUGCUGGAAUGGAGGUGGUAGCUGUGCCAUCUGUUCCAAAACAAACUCAUCUUUUUACAGCAGCAGAUGAAGUUAUCAACUCCUUACUUGAUUUGCAGCCCGGAAAGUGGGGCCUACCUCCAUUUCAGGAUUGGAUAGAGGGUACAUUACCAAUGGAACCUUGGUACAUAGGGGGCCAUGUCAUUAAGGGAUUUGGUCGUGGCUCAAAACUACUUGGCAUCCCUACAGCUAAUCUAUCUACGCAAGGUCAUUCAAGCGUCCUUUCAGAACAUCCUUCAGGGGUAUAUUUUGGUUGGGCUGGAUUAUCAAGACGUGGUGUUUACAAAAUGGUCAUGAGUAUUGGUUGGAACCCAUUUUUCAACAAUGCAGAAAAGACGAUAGAGCCAUGGUUGCUUCAUGAAUUUAAUGAGAAUUUCUAUGGUGAGGAAUUGCGUCUUGUCAUAGUUGGCUACAUACGACCUGAGGCUAAGUUCCCGACUCUUGAGAGCUUGAUAGCAAAGAUUCACGAAGACAGAAGAAUCGCAGAGAAAGCGCUUGAUCUUCCAUUAUAUUCUAAAUACCAAGAUGAUCCAUACUUAAAACCGCGCUUCUCCUUUUCAUCCCUUCUCUCCCGUGCUGCGCGAUUUCUUGUUUGCUGGUUCCACGCCCUAGUUCAAGGUUGCAGAAGGCUUGGUUUUUGGAUGACGGUGAUGCUGGAGUCUGGGCGAAGGUAUAAACGACGGUGAACUCGACAUGCGAAUUGAAGUCAGUGAGCUUCCGAAGAUCUCUACUUUGUGGCAACCCUUGGUUCCCUGUUUGACUGGUCGGUCCGGUUGAACUGCCAU